AGACGUCUUUACUAGCUUCCGGUUGCAGUCGCGAAUAACGGGAAGUGGACGAAGGAUCGGUGGCUGACUGUGAAAGUAUCGAUUGUUUGAAUCUUACUGGCGGUUCGCAUAAUCGGAUUUGUGACUGGAUCGAGAUGAACGCGGAUGGUGACGUCAUGUGUGAGUCUGCUCGCUCGCCCCUUUCCGUCCGCAACGAGAACAAGCUGAGCGGUGACGUCAGCAACAUGUCGCUGGAUAAAGAAAACACGCCUCCGAGCCUGAACUCUGCGCGUAUCUUGGCGUCGAAAACCGCGCGCAAAAUAUUCUCCGAAACUCCGAACAAAGGCGUGAAGAAGAGUGGCGGCAAGGAGACAGAGCCCCUGCUCAAGGACAAUCCCCGCCGCUUCGUCAUCUUCCCCAUACAGUACCAUGACAUCUGGCGCAUGUACAAGAAGGCAGAGGCAUCUUUCUGGACUGCAGAAGAGGUGGACCUGUCCAAGGACCUGCAGCACUGGGACACGCUCAAGGAAGACGAGAAGUUCUUCAUCUCUCACGUGUUGGCCUUCUUCGCCGCCAGCGACGGCAUCGUCAACGAGAACCUGGUGGAGCGCUUCACGCAGGAAGUGCAGGUGACGGAGGCGCGCUGUUUCUACGGUUUCCAGAUCGCCAUGGAGAACAUCCACUCUGAGAUGUACAGCCUGCUCAUUGACACCUACAUCAAAGACCCCAAAGAAAGAGAGUACCUCUUCAACGCCAUCGAGACCAUGCCGUGCGUCAAGAAGAAGGCUGACUGGGCGAUCAACUGGAUCGGCAACAAGAACGCCAGCUACGGUGAGCGCGUGGUGGCCUUCGCCGCCGUGGAAGGGAUCUUUUUCUCCGGGUCCUUCGCUGCCAUUUUCUGGCUAAAGAAACGUGGCCUGAUGCCCGGCCUGACUUUCUCUAACGAGCUCAUCAGCAGAGACGAGGGUCUCCACUGCGACUUUGCUUGUCUGAUGUUCAAGCACCUGCUCAACAAGCCUUCUGUCGACACCGUGACUUCCAUCAUCAGGAACGCCGUAGAGAUCGAACAGGAGUUCCUUACUCAGGCGCUGCCCGUCAAACUCAUCGGGAUGAACUGUGACCUGAUGAAGCGUUACAUCGAGUUUGUCGCCGACAGGCUCAUGAUGGAGCUGGGCCUGGACAAGAUGUAUCGUGUGGAGAACCCUUUUGACUUCAUGGAAAACAUUUCACUGGAGGGAAAGACCAACUUCUUUGAGAAGCGUGUUGGCGAAUAUCAGAGGAUGGGUGUCAUGGCCACCACCACCGACAACACCUUCACGCUGGAUGCUGACUUCUGACCAUGCCCACUUUUCUGCAGCAGAAUUACGGACUGUGUCCUUUUCUUUUAUUGUAAUUUGUAAAUAUCUUUUCUCAUAAAAUGUAUUUAUGUUUUAGAUAAAUGUAUCUUACUUGGUAAUGGAUUGACAACUUUUUGGUAGUUUUUGUAAAUAAAAUUUUAAGUGUAUAUGCUGUAGUGUCAUGUGUAAAUAAAAGUCAUCUCCGGAUCAUCA